CUAGAUUUUCGUCUUCCUCUACACUGUCUAUAUUCAUAACAUUCAAAACAAAAUUUUUUCAGAAAAUUUGCUGAAAAUUUGCAAACUUUGCAGAAGUUGUACUUCAAAUUGAUCAAUUCGUGAAUGUUUGAUCUAAAAAGUUCUGAUUUAUUCAUCAUUUUAUUGCUCGAUCGAGAUCCAUGCAACGUGCAGAGCGCUGAUAAUGAGUGAUAAAUAAACGCGGGAUUUUUUCAGUCUUGUUCCUUUUUUCACAAAAGUCUUGAGUGCAUCGCGAUUUUACGUUUGUAAUUAUUAAAAAUGGGUUCAGCUUCGAAAUCAGAAUGUUUUAAAGUUAUUGAAGAACAGAUUAAGGAUAACAAUGUCGUCACUUUCAAAUGGCUCAGUCGAAAAUUGGAGAUUCACAAUUCAGUGGCGAAAGAAUUACUACAAGAAUAUCUCGACGAGUCCGAAGACAAGAGCAAGUAUAUUGUUACGCUGGUAGUAUACGGGAAGAAAGAACAAGGAGAUCUUUUAUUAUCGUUGAUCAAAGAGAAUGAAUUCCCUGCUUUUCAAAACACCAUCAGUAUUAUUGACAAACAUGUAUACAGCAUACAGCCUGCUGAAUCGACAUUCGAUCCUGAAAUGAUUUAUAAUAUUGAUAAAGCUACUUAUGAAUUGAAGCAGCUGAGCUUGUCAUCGAUUAAGUAUAAUAAAGAAAUAAUUCGUAAAAGUACAACGGUUCAGUCGACUCCUGUAGCUAAACCAGAGACUUCGUCAAUCAGUACAGCGAAGAGCACUCCGGCGGUGAAAGAAAAAUUAGAAGUGAAGAAAGAAAGUCCUAAACAACAGAGUCCCAAAAAAGAAAGCCCUCCGAGUAAACCAAACAAAGAAGUGAAGAGUAAACCAGAAACGAAAAAAUCUAUCGUGAAACCAGUCGCCAACAGUAAAGGAAGUAUUUCAUCCUUUUUCCAAAAACAAGCCGCUAACAAGACAAAUUCUACUCCUAAAAGCGAUUCAUCUACAAAGCAAGAAUCACCAGUUCUCAAUGAUUCGAGUAGUAAAAAUAACGAUUCCAGUGAUCAAGAAAAGACUGAGAAACAAGCCCCCGAAACGAAAAAUAAAAAAGAUGAGCCCGUUUCUAAAACGUCUAAAGACAAAAGUCCUAAAACAAAUGGAGUUUCGAAAACUAUGGAAACGGAAAGCUUAGCUAAGAAAAUUGAACAGAAAGCUAAUUCGUCGAAGAAAACUCAGAAUAAAUCGAAGCCGAAGAAGUCAAAUUCUAAAAAAGGUCCGAAGCAGAAAAAAAUGAAACGAAUUAUUCUGCAGAGUGAUUCGUCGAGUGAUGGCGAAGGCAGUGAUAACGAUGCACAUAUGUCAGAACCAGAACCAGAAGAAGAACCAGAACCGGUGAUACUAUCACCUGUAAAAGAGCCCCCAGCUGUGAUUGUUUCUCAUGGUAAAAAACGUAAACGUAAAGUCAUCGAUAAAACGGUGCUAGAUGAAGAAGGAUAUAUGCGUACCACUAAAGAAGUCGUAUACGAAAGCUGCAGCAGCGAUGAGAAUGACGAAGGAGGUACUAAUAAUGAAAAUAUCGAUACUAACAAACGUUUGAAAACCGAAGAAAAACCCGCCGAAGUUAAAACGAAGACGAGUAACGAAGAAGUUGCGAAAACUCAGAGUCAAAAAACCAAGCAAGCUUCGAUAAUGAAUUUUUUCAAAAAACCAUCUAAAACUUGAUGAUUUUAAUGAUGUUUUUGAUUUUUGGAUCAUAUCCAUGUGAUUAUUUAUUAGAAAGUUUUUAUUGUGAAAUACUUGAAGUAAUAUUAUCGUUUCUUUAUACUA